AUGCAACGCAGCACAAAUCCUAACCCCUGCCUAAUCGCGAUCCUCCUCAUCGUCCGCUCCUCCUCAGGCGUGAAUUUCGUCUUCCACUACCCGCCCAAGCCAAAAUCCACCCCAACACACACACCCGCACGGCGACACUCCCAAUACGCUGCGUACACCAUCUCCGGAACCUCAUCCCCUUCCUCCCCAUCCACAUCCGGCUCCAGCGAUGAUGACGCUGAUGACCGGCAAUCCCGAACAACUGCGCGGGGCAGGACCGCCACGGAACGAAGCGACAGUGGGAGUAAGACGCGCAGUCGCCGAAGACAACAUGUGAAGGAUGAAGACGAGGGUGAUGGGAAGGGUGGGGACGAAAAAGGGGAGGCUAUGAGGGUGCUGGGGUUCAAGGAGGAAUUUUUAGCCGGAUUAUUGGCGCCGAAGGAGCGCAUGUGUAGGGCCAAGUUUGAGCUGUCUAUUGAUGAUAUGGUUUUCCUUGGCUAUCCGCUGCACGUUCGGCCCGAUGGGACGUGGAGGAAGCAGAAGAAGAAGAGGGGGCGUGGGAGGAGUGGGAGUGGUGGUGGUGAUGAUGAUGGGAAUGUAGGUGUUGAGGGGAAUCCGGAUGUUGGGGGUAUAAUUAUUGGGAAUGGAGGACAUGAAGAUGAUGCUGAUGAUGAAAAAGACGAUGAGGACGGAGAGAGCUCUCAAGGGGGUAAUUUUGGCAACAUGACCAUGUUUCAUGUCGUCUUCGUUUUGAACCCUCCGGAGCUAGAGUAUCAUUCGCGGACGCAAGAGAUGUUUGACUAUGUGGUAAAGAGAUUUGCGAGGGCUCUAAAGUACGAGCAGGCUAAGGAUGGGUAUGUCUGGGGGGAGGCAGAGAAGAUCGUUCGGCUGAAGGAUAAAGCAAAUCAUGAAGGGACUAGUUUUGCAGAUUUGUGGAGAGAUAUCCUGGAUCAGAGCAGUCUUGCAUAUGCAAUCUCUAGAAUUUAUAUUGAUAUAUCCCAGUCAAAGAUUGCUCAUGUGUUUCUUAAUAAUAACCUUGGGCUGUCGCUGCAAAUGCCGAUCAUAUCAGAGAUCUCUGUUAUGCCGUCCAUAACGGAGCCGCAGGUUCCUGGACUACCCUUGACAACUGCUAAUUCAUUCGGCGAUGACGACGCUGAAGGGGACAAUAUGCUUGCGAAGCACUUUACUCUUCUCUUUCUUGAAGAUGUAAAUGGCAUUCUGAAAGACAUUGCGGCUGAAGCAGCUGAUUCCUCUGCAUCACUGGCCCGUUUCGUCGAGGCAUGCAGACCGACCAAGUCGUUUGUGCUCACUCUCUUGUUGAAAUCAGGAUAUGGUGUUAACAGCAUAAUCAGAUUCCUACAAAUAUCGAACUCAUGCGGAAUCCCACUCCACGAAAUCCAGGUCAUGGCCCGCCAUCUAGUGCACUGGAGAAAAGCCCGCGCUAUCCCACCUAUACACCAGAGAGACACCUACAUUGUAUCUCCUAACGCUGACAUGAAAAAGUUCUUUCCCUCUAUCCCUCUUCCCAUCACAAUAGUUCUAACGGACCAGCCUAGACUCCACACACUAAUCCCAAUCUAUAAUACUCUCUUCCCAACCCUCCAGCCCCUCCCAAAACUUCUCACCCUCCUCUCCAGUAAACCAAAACCCUUCUCUGCUUUCAUCCCCUCCCGCGCCCAUCGUCCCGCCUAUCUUGAAAUACUUGCAUUCCUAAUUCGCCACGGCCUUGCGACCCAACUCCGCAACUUUGCAUGGCUCCGCGUAACCCGGCAAAUAAAGCGCGCGAUGACAUCUUCCAUAUCGAGCCUUUUAUCCCACAAAAACGACAGUGAUUCCGAGGACGAGUAUGAAGAUAGCAUUAUACUCGAGCCGCAUCAGGCGAGCAGUAUUGAGAGCUCGUGGCUGGAGAUGAUGACUAGGGACCAACCACCUGAUAUCAAGGCGCUCUUCGAUAGGAUUAUCAAGUAUCUUAAUGGACAGCAUGCUAUCGAGAAUAUUGCGGUCCGGGAGGGGAUUGCCAGGAAGGAUGUUGGGAGAGUGCUUGGAGCUUUUGAUGGAUUCGUGAUUUAUGCACGGCACUGGUAGCUUGUAUCAUACUGCCAGUAUUAUGGGCGUUAGGGAGAGAGAGUAAUGAUUUAUUCAAUCGAUUCAAUCGGGAGGCUUGAAAGAUGCCCUGGCUUAGGGGUUUUUGUUUUUGUUUUGCUCUACUAUGCGUUACUCGUGCCAUGGCGGGGAAAAAGAAACGCCAACAGCAAAGCCAAAGGAUUAUAUUCGAGUGAAAAUAGAGAAAAUAUUUAGGGACUAUUUAGAACACAGCAAAAAUAGCGCUUCUCUGGCUUUCACUGCAUUUUUUGGUAGUAAUAGGUAUUUUAACAUCGAACCUAUUUGGUUAUAGCUCAACCCCCAGGACUCCUCACAUUUUUUCUACGGCGGCCGGUCGAGAAGACAAUAUCUGCAUAUACAUAGUUUUUUUCAUGCCCUCGCCAGAAGGGGUUAGGUUUUUAUGAAAAACUAAAUUCUCAAGAAAUGUUUUUC